UGUAUUUCGGCUGUCGCAAUUGGUGUUCGUUGUUCGUUAAUUCCAUAUCCCAACAAGUCAAUCCGGUCGAUUUAAUGUUUUAUUUUAGAUAAAUACACGAAUUUAAUUAUUUCAUUGCAUUAUCAAAUAUUAAUCGAUUCUCUUUUCGCGACUCGGCUUAAACCAAGGAGGGCUGAAUAUAGGGAUUGUAUUGUACCUCCUUGGGCUUCUUGGAAAAUGCCCUCAAAGGAGCUCCUUGCUGCGGGUGCGCUCAUCGCUCCGUGAUUCUUAUUGGCUUGAGGCGAGCAAGAAGGGACAGGGUAGGUGAGAAGGGAUGGCCGCGGUCACAACAACACUAGUUCGGCUCUUUAGGCAUUCGGCAGGGUGCAGGUUGACACCUACACGAUGUCUAACCACCUCGACCUUGCGAGGUCACUGGAAAGCUCUCCGGCCGUCGCUGGCUAUUAUCUUAAGUGCCGGCGCCACCUUUUUCGCCGCCAAAACCUACCAUGAACUUACCACAGUUCACGCUCUGAAGCAAAGAAGGAAAGACGAGGAGCUAGCCAAAGCAGUCAAGUUGACCUCCAGGGAAAGACGGUUUAUCAAGUUCUCGUCGGUUGAGUACAACAGUCAGCUUUACAUGACUCCACAGGACUUUCUCGACAGUGUCGUCGAAAGUGAGCCUAGACCUCGUCUUAAGAGAAGAGUUUUGACAGAAAAAGAAUUAGAGGCGUUUCGAAGCAGCACACCACCCUUAAAGAAAGGGUCAAGUCACAUGUUCCGAAAUUUAAGAGACAAAGGAAUAAUCUCUUACACCGAGUACCUGUUUCUUCUCUCCAUUUUAACAAAGCCCAAAACUGGUUUUCGGAUUGCUUUUAACAUGUUCGACACUGAUGGAAAUGAGCGAGUUGACAAAACUGAAUUUCUAGUCAUCCGGGGAAUUUUGGCUGGCACAAUUUCUGAUUUGAUGCUGGAGUUCAGGGACGAUCCCAAUACAAGGCAUGCUCUGAAGGGAUUGAUUUCCGAGCACGCACUCAAGGGGGUCGUUAAACGACAACCCUUAACUAGAAUGGAAAACAUCUUCAGCCACACUUGGCGUGACAAGCGCGGACUUGGGGCGGAUGGAGAGGAAGAGCCGGAGGGAGUUUCAAAGAAUCCGCUAGAUCAGUUUGUAGAUGACGAACAAGGUCUGCAGCGGCGCCACGCUGUUGAUACAACACUGCUUCUCCAUUUUUUUGGCCGUAAGGGCUCUGACGAUCUCCAGUACGAAGGAUUCCAAAAAUUCAUGGAAAACCUGCAAACAGAGGUUCUUGAGUUGGAAUUCCACGAAUUCUCAAAGGGUCUCAAUACAAUUUCAGAAGUCGAUUUUGCCAGAAUCCUUUUGAGAUACACAUAUUUAAGUGCAGACCAGUAUGACAUGUAUCUGGAUCGGCUCCUUGACCGAAUUAAACUCGAGCAGGGAAUUUCCUUCAAUGAAUUUAAAGUCUUUUGUCAGUUCUUAAACAACUUAGAGGAUUUUAGUAUUGCCAUGCGCAUGUACACGCUAGCCGACCAUCCGAUUUCUCAAGAUGAAUUUCAUCGAGCCGUUAAGCUCUGUACUGGAACAAGUCUGAGUCGGCACCUGGUUCACACCGUCUUCCAGAUUUUUGACGAAGAUGGGGAUGGCCAGCUAAGUUACAGAGAGUUCAUUGCCAUAAUGAAGGACAGACUCCACAGAGGCUUCAAGUCGUACACGAAAAAUGAGGGAUGGGAUGCUUUCAAGUCUUGUGUGAAGCAAGAAAUGAAGUAUGUGAUGUGAAGAUGCCCACCAGUGACACCAGGUGCUUUCAUUAUUGGUAUUGUUUCCUUUUAACGCUUCUAUUUAUUUAUUUGCCACGGAGUGCCAUUUUAUUUUAAGUUGAAAUACCUUUGGUCUGAUAAUUUAAUCCAAGAAGUUUAUUUUCGGGAAAAUUGAAACCGGGCAAACCUCAUUGCCUAGAAAAAAUAAAUAAUAAAUAAAAAAAACUUGGGAACAACUGACCACAAAGGGUGACAUGCUGUCUGCUGGUACAUUCAAAACCUAGGCUUUUGUUUUGUUAUGUCCAAAUUAAAAACUAAGGAUUCAUCAAAAAAUUAAAAAUAAAAUGGGGAGAAUUUAAUUUUAUUGAAAAAAAUAAAUGCAGUAAAUUAAUCAAACAUUUUUUCUUUGCGACGAGCAACGAGGUUUUCCCAGUUUUUAUUUUACAUGAAAUCCACCUCGAGUGUUACCAUUCAAGUUUAUUUUCUGCUGCAAUUUUACUGUCAUAAAUUUUAAUGUAUAAUAUAAUAAUAAUCAAACAUGAACAAGCAGUAAUGAUAGGAAAAUAUCAAAAAUACAAUUUUGAUAAUUGAAACAUUUUAAUCUAAGAAAAAAAAUAUGAAGGGUGUGUGAAGUGAAAGUUAUAGGUUGCCGUUUUAUUGUUGUUUAUUCUUCACAAAUCAAGUCAAAUGAGAAAAAAAAUACAAAAUGUGAAGAAACGGCAACACCUCUGGCAAACAAGUUGCCAAAACGCGGGGCCUCGAGAGUGGUCCGCGCCGAGAUGGGCCGCAAGCUAAUUUUCACUUAUCACAAAAAAUAAUCACUAAAAUUGCUGCUGCCACACGAAAUAUUUGCACAGGGGGGAAAAUUUUUUUACAGCUAAGUCUUAGGGCUGGUGGCAGGUUGUUCCAAGGCUUAACAACGCGAAAGGAGAAACUGUCGAAGCCAAGGUCGGUGCGCGCAGAGGGCUGCUGGAGGCGGGGGUACUUGGGGUCGUCGCAACGAAGAUUGUGCCCUUCGGUGAUGCGCGCCUUUGCGUUUUAGUCGGUGGUGCCGCUCUCGCACUUUUUGAAAAAAAGCAGGUUGUACCUGAGCUGCUGCUGGAUGGAUAGCAUUUUUUGCUGCUCCGGCGGGGGGAUGUGGCGCCCGUGAAUGAAGUGCAGCGCCCUAUUCUGCACUCGCUCCAACUACUCCACGUUUGUCUUUGUGCCGUACAGCAGGUGCGGCCUUACAAGAGCGAGGUAAGCAACCCGCUUGAUGCGCGGGGUGCACCCACGUAGGUUUUGGGCCGCAGAGCCGAGAAUUUGCGCCGCUUUUUUCUUCUUGAAGUUGCAACGAACGUUCCAACGUAGAUCACGCAAGAUGUGCACACCCAACAGGCGCUCCGUAAACGAGUACGGAAUCGCACUGCCGCCGAUAACAUAGACCGGCUGCAGGGAGGUUUGCGCGCGUGUGAUGUCCAUGGCCUUACGUUUCUUGGGGUUCAGCAGCAUUCCAUUGUUGACGCACCACAGGUCGACAAAGGGCCUCAAUAUCUUUUUCAAUGACGGCAAAAAGGGUGCAGUCGUCAGCGUACUGAACAAUAUUCGUUUGGACGUUGGUCAAAAGCAGCGGCCCUAAAACGCUGCCCUGUAUAACACAAGAACUGACCUCACACGGUUUGGACCGCGCACCGUUGCAGCAGUCGCUCAUGGGGCACCCUGUCAAAGGCCUUACUCCAGUCUAAGAAAACUGCGUGGACGUGGACGCCGCUCUUGGCGUCAAGUGCAAAAGCGCGGAAGCCGUGUUGUGAGUUUGAGAUGACUUCGGAGCUCUCAAAGUGGUUUGUCAGUUUAUCACGCACAAAUUUUUCAAGUUUGUUUUCCGUCGAGAGAUGUUAUACUAAUUGGCCGGUAAUUUUUAAAGUCUUUUUUGUUGCCGUCCUUAGAAAUGGGUGUCACGUAGGCGGAUUUCCAGUCAGUUGGGAGCUCACCUGAGCUCAGGGAGAAGUUGUAGAUGUGCGUGAGACUAGGGCUAAGGGCGCGGGCACAAUUUUUUUUAUUUGAUUUUGAUGAGACAUUGUUUCAUUAGCAGGAAAGGUACAGCAGCAAUUUCCAAGUGGAAUGCGCACACUUUUCAAUGGUACUUAAAGUAAUCGAUUAAUCAUGUGAUUCCUGUGUUUUGUUGUUGAGAUUUUUCGUCAUAAAUUUAGUCAAGAAAUGAGAGAGAAAUCAACAAUUAUUAAAUUAAAUAAUAUAAUAUCAUACACUUUAGCGCACAAAUGUACAUCAAAACUUGCACUUCUUACCAAUAAUGUAAUUUGAUAAUUCUAAAAGGAAGUUAAAUUAAACAAUUAAGGGAGAUUUUACUUGGAUUCACUCUUUGUUUGGCACAGUUUUUUCAAAAUCCAGGUAUAACUUUCCUUGAAUCUGAAAUUGAUAUUACACUUAACUGACUUAAAAAAACCAAAACAAACUUCUAAUAUACUACCAUCUAGUCUAAAAAAUUGUUGGUGGAAAUUUCAACUUAAGGAUAUGAUCAUUGAAGUGAAGAAAUCGGGCUUUUCCAUGUUGAAAAAAAUUGUUAGUUAAGUUGGAAAUAUGACCAAAAACUAUUACUAUAUAACAAUGUAUUUUCGGGGUUUUGAUACAAAAACUUCGUUUUAUUGUAUAUCCCACUUGGGAAAGGCACUAGUGGCAAUUGUCUAGCCUGCUAAAUCCAAAGGUUGAUAACACGCAGUAUUUCAUUUUCGGGCCGAUAAUACAGUUGACCUUGGAUCCACUGGUUGUAUAAUAUUCAAAAUAUAAAAUAUAAUGUUAACAAAACACCACAAUGCCACUAAAUUUCCAUAUCGAUUGUUGACUUAUAUUUAGACUUGACUACUAAUAAAUUGUUGACUUGA